AGUUGUGCCCUAAAAUUGAGAGUGAAGAGCUCUGAGUGACGAAUCUUCGCCACUGUAUUUAAGCAUAUUUAAUUCUCAGAGAGAGCGUGAAUCCAACACCAAUACAUCCUCUUCAAUGGCUUCCAAGAUUCUUGCAUCAAGUUUACGCCGCACCCUCACAAAAUCCACUCAAGCCGCCUCGCUCCUCCGCCCUCUCUCCACUGCUGCUGCUGUAGUCACUUCUCCGUCGGAGCCUCAUGAGGACGAAACUGGGAUUUCUAUGAAAGGUGUUAAAAUCUCUGGACGGCCGCUCUAUCUUGAUAUGCAAGCCACAUCGCCUGUUGAUCCUCGGGUGCUCGACGCUAUGCUUCCCUAUUAUCUCUCUCGUUAUGGCAAUCCACACUCUCGGACGCACCUCUACGGCUGGGAAUCGGACCAUGCCGUCGAGACCGCUCGCUCCCAAGUUGCUGCUCUUAUCGGUGCCUCACCUAAGGAGAUUGUUUUUACAUCUGGAGCAACCGAGUCCAAUAACAUAUCCGUUAAGGGGGUGAUGCACUUCUAUAGAGAAAAGAAAAGGCACUUGAUUACCACUCAGACUGAGCACAAGUGCGUUCUUGAUUCGUGCCGACAUUUACAGCAGGAGGGUUUUGAUAUUACCUAUUUACCGGUUGGGUCGGACGGAAUUGUUGACCUGGAGAAGCUCCGUUCCGCGAUUAGACCCGAAACUGGUCUUGUUUCGGUCAUGGCGGUUAAUAAUGAAAUUGGUGUUAUUCAGCCCAUGGAGGAAAUUGGGAAAAUUUGCAAGGAAUUCGGUGUUCCCUUCCAUACUGAUGCGGCUCAGGCUCUUGGGAAGAUUCCAAUUGAUGUGGAGAAGUGGAAUGUGAGCCUGAUGUCUUUGAGUGGACAUAAGGUUUAUGGGCCGAAGGGUAUUGGAGCUUUGUAUUUGCGGAGGAGGCCGAGGAUUCGAGUUGAGCCCCAGAUGAAUGGAGGAGGACAAGAGAGGGGCAUUAGGAGUGGGACUGUGCCAACCCCAUUGGUUGUGGGUAUGGGCGCAGCUUGUGAGCUUGCCAUGAAGGAAAUGGAAUAUGAUGAUAAGCGAAUAACUGCACUGCAGGAACGGCUUCUGAAUGGCAUAAAUGCAAAGCUUGAAGGAGUUGUGGUGAAUGGUAGUAUGGAGAGGCGGUAUCCUGGCAAUCUGAAUUUGUCAUUUGCUUAUGUUGAGGGGGAAAGCUUGCUUAUGGGAUUGAAGGAUGUGGCUGUUUCGAGCGGGAGUGCAUGCACUAGCGCCAGUUUGGAGCCUUCAUAUGUGUUGAGGGCGUUGGGAGUGGAUGAGGACAUGGCUCACACUUCAAUCAGGUUUGGAAUCGGGAGGUUCACCACUGAGGCUGAGAUUGAUCGAGCAAUUGAAUUAACAGUACAUCAGGUGGAAAAAUUGAGGGAAAUGAGUCCCCUUUAUGAAAUGGUAAAGGAGGGGAUAAACAUCAAGGAAAUCCAGUGGGCGCAACACUGAUUGCUAUUAUUCUCUGAUAUAAGAUAUAUAUGCCAGUGCUUUGAAUUCUAUGGGAUAUUAUGUGGGUUGUUUAACAGUCAUGGAGAGCCAUCUGAGCUUUAUUACGAUGUACCAUAUUGAUAUGCUUCCAUUGCAACUAUUAGUAACUGAGUAAAUGGCUUUUGUUAGCUUCUCAUAUGUCUUAGAAUUGUGUCUUGGUCACUUGAUGUUGUUCAAGAGAGACAUACUUAUUAUCGGGAAAAAGGGUCGGAUGAUACUAUCUUUGUGAGCAGAAGAUGCUGCAAAGUUGGGUAAAAAUUGAUAUUAAUUUUCUCUGUGUGCAAUGCUUUCUUAUGAAGCCAUCAGGUAGUUUAGUCCUCUAGAGAUAAUAUGAGCGAGACAUUAAGCUAGAGUACUGUGUUGGUUUAUCUGCCUGAAAUUAGUAGUUGCCUAGUUGGGUAAAAAUUGAGCUCAUACUGUCACUUCCAACAUGAUCUUUCUAAUUAACGGUGUCAGUUUUCAUCUCCUUGAACUUUCCAUUAAAGAAGAUAGUUCAAACGGCCAGAUGAGGCAUCCUCUCGUGCCAAGAUAGCUAAGACUAGAGAAAUGCCUGCCGGUUGGAGUUAACCAAAACACAAGGAUAGGUGCAAAAACACAGAGAUAAAGGAACGACCAAUUGGCCUAGAUAUCAUAGAUUUAGGUAUCUGCUGUUGAGAUUACCUGAAGAAAGGUUCCACCUUCUACUAAUCCAAGAUGAAUGAUUCUGUUUGUAUCCGCCUCAAGCAAUAUAAACACCUAUUCUCCAAUCUCUCUUUCAUCGAGAUUCCUCCUGAUGAAUGCAUAGUUAGAGGCUCUUGGCUGGGUAUGCUAAUGUGAGAUCUUUUUUUUUUCUCUUAACAAGAGAGCUUCCAGCUCCAUCACUCUAGAGCACCGUGAAUGUUCAAGCGGAGUGCACAGGUUGAAGUUGUUCGAGAAGAUGGCACUCCAGAAAAAAAACAUUAUGCAACUUAUAUUAUUCUUGUAGACUUCAUGGACGAUAGUCUAGUCUUAUGGAGCAACGUCAUGUGGGGGUAAAAGGCUUGUGAAAAUCCUUCAACUUUUUUGACAUCAUAUGAAGUAAAAAAGUAUGCAAUGGUCAUUCCUAACCUGAUAUGGCUGGAAUUUGAAGUUUUCAUACAUCGAACAGAAACUUUAUGCAAAUAUUCCUGUGCAGUUGAGUAGCCAUCUACAGCGAAACUCUGGAUCAAGAAGACUCUGGCUACAUCAUUUUUUAUUUCGACCCCGCUAGAUAAGGAUGUGCUUCCAGGUUUUUCUUUCGUUCAAGUUCAACUUCUUGGAGUUGCAGAUCUUCACUGGCAUGGCCUUUUAGGUAAAUGGGAGGGAUGAUAGCCGGGCUGCUAGUAGACUGAAUAUGAUUAUUAAUUUUUAGGAUGAACCUGAAGAAGUCAGUGGAAAGUCCUGUGCACGGUCAUUGACAGCUAUGAUGAGUUUUCUGAAGAAAGCUUUUUAUUCAAUGAACCAUGUUUUUUAUUGCAUUA